CACGUGACUUGGUAGCUUUGUCUCGAGUCCCUCAUCCCUGAAUCACUGCCGUCAUUCAGUUUGGAUGUGGUCAGAAGCGGCAAUAAAAUGCGGAACCAUUCCCUCCUUUUGUGGGUUUUAUUAUUCGUGGACGGUGUGUUUUGUGCUGAUGAAGUGUCAGUAUCAGUGAUGAAGGGAGAUUCUGUCACUUUACAUACUAAUCUUACAGAACUACAGAGUGGUGAUACAAUAGACUGGAUGAGUGAAGAUGGCGUUAUCAUAGCUAAAAUUGAAAACAAGAAAAUUUCAGAAAAGUAUGUUCCUGAAAGGAGAUUCAAAGGCAGACUGGAGCUGGACAGUCAAAAUGGAUCUCUCACCAUCAGAAAUAUCACAGCUGAACAUAAAGGACUUUAUAUACUAGAUAUCAGUGGCGGAAAUCUACAGUCCAAGAGGUUCAAUGUUACUAUUCGUGAUGAAAUAAAGACAGUAUCAGUGAAAAAGGGAGAUUAUAUCAUUCUACGCACUGGUGUUAUUGAAAUGCGAGUAUAUGAUCAGAUAUUGUGGAAGUUUGAAGACCAUCUUAUGGCUGAAAUCAUAAAAGGGGCCAAUCAGUUUUCACUGUAUGGCGGUGCUGAUGGGAGGUUUGGAGGAAGACUGCAUCCAGACCAUCAGUCUGGUUCUCUCACCAUCAGUGACUCUGAAACCACAGACUCUGGAGAUUAUCAUCUGUACAUGAGCAACAGCAUGUACACCUUACAGAGGACCAUCAGUGUUACUGUCAGUGGUCUGUCUUCAGUAAUAGUAGUAAUAUGUGUCUGUGUUGCACUGGUGGCUGUAGUUGUCCUUGUGGUGUUUUAUUAUCAGCGCAAGCUACGUCUAGAAAGACAAAGACGUGACAGAAAUCUCUAAUCAGGAGGCCCAAUGAUGUAAGAUACUGGUUUCAGUGAAGGUCAAUUGAAUCAACCUCAGUAUCAGCAUGAAUCCAUAACAGUACAUAAGCACAGUAACAAUAUAAACAUAUAAGCUGUAUAAAUGAACAAGAGCUGUAUUGUUAUAAACAGAUAAGCAAGGUUUGGUUAAUGUAUUAGUUUACAUUGCACACUCAUCAGUGUAUUCUUAAUCUGUAUUUGAAAGACAGUUUACAGAUCUUUGACUCAAACUUUGCAUUUUAUAUAUUUUUUUAUUAAGUUCUUCUUGCAUUUUCAUUUGUACUUUCUCCCAUUUCUGUAGCAUAAUAAUAUUUGUAUAGUUUUUUCUUACUGUUUUGCAUUUUGUUUUGUUAAUUAAAUCUGACCCCUUUUCUGUGAAUCUGAAAUGAUAAAUAUGAGCUAUACAGCUGUUCAUUUCUGCACUCUAGUGAACAUACUGUUUAAAAUGCAUCAAAAUCAAGAAAUAUAGCUAGUAUUCAUUCAGCCUUUAAUGCACUGUAUGUGAAUGAACAUAAUAAUAAUAAUAAAAAC